GUGGAAGGCGCUAUCUCAAAGAGUAACCGUACCUAGCUUCAUUUUCUAACGUAAAAGUGCUACUUAACCUUUGUUGCAUGUCCUUACCCCUUUUGUAAGAUUCCAUCUAUAUAUAUUUCUCCUAGCUUCUUCUACAUCCUCCCAGUUCAGUCUUCAGUCUGGGAAUCUUCACGCUGACAAUCCAGGCAUUUACGUUACGGUAUUACGGCAUUACGUUAUUAAGAAUCAUUUGCCUUAAUUCGCAAUGGGGAUCCAAAGCAAUCAUCUCGCCAAGGUCUGCGAGGCAUGGGACCACCUACAAGAGCGUAUCAAAGCCGGCAGCUACGUCUUAGACGGCCAGAACCUCCAUAUCUCGGACGUUGUAGCUACAGCUCUCCAUGGGUGCAUACCCGAGAUUACAGAAGACCCGGAAGUCGCCAAGAACAUCCAAGAUAGCGUGGAUGUUUUGUACCAUUACCUUUCGAAAGGAUGGCAUGUCUACGGCGUUAAUACGGGAUUCGGAGGCAGUGCGGACAGCCGUACUGACCAAGUAGUGGCAUUACAAUCAUCUUUAAUGCAACUUACCCAGUCUGGAAUUCUCUCAAGGUCUACAGAUGGUUCUAUUCCAGGCCACUCCAUGCCCUCUUCAUGGGUUCGUGGAGCUAUCGCCGUCAGAUGCAACAGUAACCUUCGAGGUCACUCUGCGGUUACACUCGCAGUCCUCAAGUCUAUAGUGGCUUUGGUUAAGCACAACCUGACUCCCAUGAUACCAUUGCGGGGUUCUGUUUCGAGUUCUGGCGAUCUAAUGCCGUUAUCCUAUAUCGCUGGAACUAUAGAAGGGAACCCAGACAUCCUUGUUGAACGGAAUGGUAAAGUAGUUCCCGCACCGCAAGCUUUGAAAGAGGCUGGACUAGAGCCAGUGAAGCUUGGCCCGAAAGAGGGUCUUGGCUUGGUCAACGGAACCUCGUCGUCAGCAGCACUUGCCGCUAUGGUUAUCACGGACGCCCAUCGUCUGGCAUUGCUCACGCAAGCGCUUACUGGCAUGGCGGUAGAGGCAUUGAACGGAAGCAGAGAGAGCUUCAACGAAUUCAUUUCCCAGACGCGACCUCACCCGGGCCAAAUCGAGGUAGCCCGCAACCUUUACUUUUUCAUGAGCGGCUCGGCUCUCGCGCGAGACGUUCUUCAGGGAAAGAAGCGUGAUUCCCAGGAUCUGGCCCAGGAUCGCUAUUCCGUACGAAGUGCCCCGCAAUGGAUCGGACCGCAGGUAGAGGACCUACUUCUAGCGGACCGACAAAUCAGCAUUGAACUCAACUCUACUUGCGAUAACCCAUUGGUGGACGUGCCGAACGGUGAUGUUCACUAUGGCGCUAACUUCCAGGCAGCGUGUGUGACAUCGGCCAUGGAGAAAGUACGGUUAUCUCUACAAAUGUUUGGCAGGAUGCUCUUCUCGCAGAUGACCGAGCUGGUAGACCCGAGUCUCAGCGGAGGUCUCCCGGCUAACCUUGCCGCGGAUAACCCAAGCUUAUCAUUUACUAUGAAGGGGGUUGAGAUUAAUAUGGCAUCAUACAUGGCCGAGCUGGCUUACUUUGCGAGCCCUAUGAGCCCGUUCGUCCAGGCGGCCGAGAUGCAUAAUCAAUCUGUCAAUUCGAUGGCAUUAGCGUCAGCACGUAUGAGCGCACAAGCUACGGAAAUCUUAACGCUGAUGGCCGCCGCUCAUCUGUAUGCCAGCUGCCAGGCCGUAGAUCUUAGAGCACUGCAUAACCUCUUUGUGCAGAAGGCUACCGACACGCUUGCGUCGGUCACUACCCGAUUCUUUUCUGAUAGCUUAGAGGUCGAUGAGCUAGAAAUUCUCCAAAGCGCUCUAGCAGCUCACGUAUACCCUUCCUGGUCAUCUUCGGGCAAGAAAGAUCUUCCUGAGCGUUGCGAAUGCCUUGUGAGCUCAGCCGUGCCCAUUGUUGUCAAGCACGUCACGGGUUCCAUUACGGAUGUAGUCCAAUGGAAAGAUGAGGCUACCAAGGCUAUCUAUGCUGUAUGGGAAAAGACAUUCGAUGCUUUCCGCACCAAACCCCACACGUCCGAGCUGCUCGGCAAAGGCGCGAAGGUUUUGUACCAAUAUGUUCGCCAAACACUCGGCGUGCCGUUCCACCAGGGCUUUGUUGAGCACCCCACUAUCCAAGGGGAAGAGUUGAACGGACGACCUAAGAAGACCGUCGGAGGAUGGAUUUCUAUUGUUCACGAUGCAAUCAAGGAUGGUUCUCUAUAUGGACCUCUGAUAGAACUGGCUGCUAAGGGCCUAGUGAACCAGUCUAAUGGUCACGCAAAGGGAUACACCGACAGUACCAAUGGGAGGAUCCGAAACGAUGCUUGAGCAGAUACCUGUCCAGAUACCUGACCAGAUGCCUUGUCCAAAUACCUGUCUUGUCCUACUUGGCUGUUCAUUCGCUCGGGUUCUUGGGAGGAAAACAAAAUAUUCAUAAAAAGGAAAAAUAGAUAGAUGGUAGCGUACGAUGACUUUACGCGAGCGAGAAUCAUGUUCUUUCGGAUGUAUUAUUAUAUCCAAUGAGCUUUUUUUCCUAAGUCUAUAAAUACAGCCGCAGUACUUAGCUCAUAGACAAUAAACAUCAUUUAACAGCGU